UACGUCAUUUCUCUGCGAUUACUACUGUGGCGAGGGAAUAUGGCGCCUUCUCCAACAAAGAGGAAGGAUGAUGACAAGAGCAAACAACGUGGGAAGGACAAGUCAGGAGCCACAAAAGAAGGAGCUGACAAAGGCCGGGGCCGAGACAAGAACCGUACACGACGCAGUGCUUCCAGCAGGAGCAGCAGGUCAAGCUCCAGCUCCAGCAGCAGCAGUUCGGGUUCCAGCUCCGGCUCCUCCAGCGGCUCCAGCUCCUCCGCUUCCAGCCACUCGGGCUCCUCCAGCUCGCGCUCCUCUUCCUCCUCAUCCUCAUCGUCCUCACCGAGCCCCAGCCGCCAACGCCACAACAACAGACGACGCUCACGCUCAAAGUCAAAAUCAGCAAAGAAGGAUGACCGGGAUCGACGACGUCGAAGCCCCACACCCAAGCCUACCAAGGUCUACCUGGGUCGGCUGACCAGAAACGUCAUCAAGGAACACAUCCAGGAGAUUUUCUCCACAUAUGGCAAGAUCAAGAUGAUUGACAUGCCCAUGAAUCGCAUGCACCCUCACCUGUCCAAGGGCUACGCCUACGUGGAGUACGAGACCUCCGAGGAGGCAGAGAAGGCCCUAAAACACAUGGAUGGAGGUCAGAUUGACGGUCAGGAAAUCACAGUCACAGCUGUGCUGGCUCCCGCAGUGCGUCCUCCUCCUCGCAGGCUCUCCCCUCCCCGCAGGAUGCCUCCUCCGCCCCCGAUGUGGCGCCGGACUCCUCCUCGUAUGAGGAGAAGGUCUCGGUCUCCACGCCGACGCUCUCCGGUACGGCGCCGGUCUCGAUCUCCCGGCCGCCGUCGUCAUCGGUCGCGAUCCAGUUCCAACUCUUCGCGCUAAGGAUUGUGAAACCUGUCCCCUUCCUCCCCUCCUCUGAAUUUGCUCCUUUGUUUUGUCCUUUUGAUCAGUGCAACAAAAAAAAAAAAAAAAUGAGAAAGAAAAAU